UCUCACGUAAACUGUACGCUGUACUCUGCUGUACUGUGCCUCAAAAUAAAAUAACAAAUAAUUUAAAAGUAAGAUUUAAUUGUUCUACUUAACUUUACGUAAUUUCGAUAAUCUUACCACAAGGAGCUUGGAUAACCACUCAUAUUUUGACGGGAUGGCGUUAAGUUCUCGCCUGGGUGCGCUGUCCGCCCUCGCAGCGGAUUAUGGCGACGAUGACGACGAAGGGGAGGAAGAAAAAGAACAGGACAAGAAGGACAUUGUGAUGGUGAUAGCGACGACGACGACCGGGGAGAACAUGGAGGUAGAUAAGAAGGUGAAGAUGGAAGCGGUUGUGGCAGAAGAUGAUAAGAGUAUCGUGAAAAAGGUCGAAAUUUCUACGAUGGAGCAAGAUAAGAAUGAAAUUGAAACGGCACUCGCCAUUGUAAAAAAAGAAGCAGACGAAAUGGAAGAAGAUAGUGUUGCAGUCCCUCCACUACUCGCAAUAGUAAAGAAGGAAGGGGACGAAAAAAAUGGGACUAGCGACACUUCCAUCGCUGCAAUUAUGCCUCCUGCAUCAUCCCCCUUUACCACAUUUCGGAACAAGGAGGUCACAGAUGACGUUGAGACGGAGGACUCCGAACCCGACAGUGCUCUCGACUCGGAUGACGAUACCGACAAGGGGAAGAAAUCUGAUAAGAAACAAACCGGAAAUAGUGACGAUGCUGACUUAUCUUCUUCCGAUGAGGAGUAUGACUUAUCGUCAUCCAAUGCGAAAUCCAAAGCCAAAAAGCAGCCGCCUCGGGUCAAAGGGGAGAUGAACUUUGAUGACCUUCCGCCCAUCCAAGACCUCACAAUUUCCGUCCCACAUGACAAAGCUAAACCGAUCGGAGUUAUUAAAAGCGUUGUCGAUCCGCUCGUGAUCGUUGAAGCGUUUCCGUCAACGCCGGCCUUAGAUUUGGAUUCUGUCCUCUUUCUGGAUCAAGGUGACCGUGCCUUGGGUCGUGUUUUUGAUGUGAUGGGGCCUGUAAAGCAGCCCUGGUAUUGCGUCCGAUUCAACUCUAUGCUGCACAUUGAGGCGAACGGGGUAACUGUGGGGAGUCUCGUCUACUGCGCUCCCACGACACAACAUGCAAGUUUCGUGCUGCUCGCCCAGCUUGAAAAAUUGCGAGGGACGGACGCCUCAUGGAAAGAUGACAUCGAACCUCCCCCCGAAGUGCAGGAGUUUUCCGAUGAUGAGAAAGAACGCGAAGUCAAGAAGAAAGGGAAGAAAAGGAAAGUUAGAGUUCGUGCUGGCGGAAUUAAUCAAAAUCCGUCCAAUGGAUCCGCACCGGCACCACCACCCCUGCGCCAACCCGGUAGACCCCACUACAACCCACGCCCUCCUCAUCACCAGCGCCCCGCCCAGUAUCGAAACAACUUCCCAAAUUCUUACGGUGGACCUCAACCCCCCAGACAUGCGUUCGAGUACGAGCAAUAUUUGGCUAAUCUGACAGCCUCCAAUUACUACCGACCUCCACAACAUGCUUAUUUCCCUCGUCAGCCCGAUUAUUCGUGGCACACCCACCCAGCCGCUCUACACGGCGCUCCUCCCCCUCCACCACCACCACGCUUUAAUAAUGCUAAUCCGUACCAACAUUUCAACCCGCCCAGCGUCCCAUGGCGGAGGCAGUCACCUCUCCCCGCUCAACAGCAGCGAGGAGGAGGAGGUCAGCACCCCUACGUUCCACCACUUCCGCCAGGAACUUCUUAAAAGGCUGGUCACGUUAAAGUUUUGACUAUUUACAUAAAUAUAUUGUUAGUUAAUUUUACGCACCGCUUUAUAAAUCGACUACUAAUUGUAGGUAUAAUUAAUUUUAACGAUUUUAUCCUUACAUUUCGGAAAAUAAACUGAUCCAUGAAAUAUAAAAAAGAGAUCAAAAUUGCAA